AUGAGUACGGGAAAGCCGUUAGGCGCAGGAAAAAUCAAAUCGGAAGAAGACGCAAAGAAUCCGGAAUUGCAGCCAGCGGGGAGUACAACGGCAGGUAGAAGCACCAUUAUACCGGCAACGCCAACAAUGCCGGAGAUUCCGGGCUCAUUCAAAAUCGAGAUGUUCGACCCCACGAAACACAAAUGGAGCACGUGGCUACAAAGAUUGGAAGGCGCCUUCGCGGCGUUCGAAAUUACAACGGAAACGAAGCAAAGAUCCUAUUUACUGCAAUAUAUAGGUAUCGAUACGUACACGAAAUCAGGGAACGCCAUGGAUGGCGCUAACCCUUACAUUACGUCAUUGGACGCAAUCAAAGAAGCCCUAAAAACAAUUCUGGAACCGGAACCCUUGGAAGCCGCAGAGAUCUUCGUGUUUCAGAAACGGAAGCAGGAAGAGAACGAAUAUAUACGCGAAUUCGUUAAUGAUUUACAUAAAUUAAGCGCUAAAUGCAAUUUCGGAACGUAUCUAAAAACAGCACUACGUACGCAAUUGAUAGCUGGACUUCGUAACCCAAACGUCCAAGCACGGCUUUUAGAAACGCAGAAUCUGACUUUUGAUACAGCAGUCACAACAGCCAUUACGAUGGAAUUGGCAGAAAGUAGUACGUCCCAACUGCGUAAUACAGGUACAAGUGCGGAAAAAAUACAGUACAUAAAUUCGGACGGAAAUCAGUACAAGUCAACCUCAGAGAGAAAAAACGCUCAAAAAAGAAAUCCGAACCCCGCAAACACGACUCAUAAAAACUUCAAGCAGAAUGCAAAAGGGCCAAAUGCUUACGUACACGAGCAAAAUACGGGAAAACGCACCCAGACAAAAACCGUUAAGUGCUAUCGUUGCGGAAAAGAACACUACGCCAGUCGGUGCACGUUAAACAAAACCGUAGAAUGCAGUUUUUGCAACAAAAAGAGACACCUAUCUCGGGUCUGCUUCACAAGAAAGAAAGAAGCCACCCACACAGUGGAAGAAAUUUACUCAAUUGACACCGCAUCAUCGAGGGAGAAAUUCAUCAUGCAGGUGAUGGUGGAGCACCAUCCGGUGGACUUCGAGGUGGACACGGGGGCCGCAGUGAGUCUAAUGAGUCUGGCCCAGACGAAAACCCUUUUUCCUAAAAAUAAGGUACAUAACUCAAAUAUAAAAUUGCAAUCAUUCAAUAAAGAUCCAAUUGAUACUGUUGGUUAUAUAAGAGUUCGGGUAAAAUUCGAAAAACGGGUAAGUAAUUUGAAUUUAUACAUCGUUCGCGUAAACUGUAAGCCGUUACUAGGACGAGAGUGGUUUCGUGAACUAGUAAAUACGGAAAGUUUUGAUUUUGUCAAAACAAAUGUAACCAAGGUUAACUCGAUACACACGGGAACCGACGACCUGGCGGUCCUAAAUCUAUUACAAAAAUACGAUAUUACCAACGAUCGAGUAGAGCCAAUAAAAUCGUACACAGCAAAGUUUACGCUUAAAAACAAUGCUAAACCAAUCUUCAUUAAGCAUAGAACGGUUCCAUUCAAAAUGCAACAGAAAAUCAAGGGUGAGCUGGAUAAUUUAGUCACGAAAAAAAUUUUAAUUCCAGUAAAAUCAUCAGAGUGGGCGACGCCUAUAGUACCCGCUUUAAAAAAAGACGGAACAGUCCGCAUUUGUGGAGAUUAUAGUGUCACCGUGAAUAAAAAUUUACUAGUUGACGAAUACCCUCUACCCAAACUCGAUGAACUAUUUUCAUGUAUGUCAGGAAUGACAGUAUUUUCAAAGAUCGACUUGAAACAUGCGUAUUUACAACUACGGGUACACGAAGAACAACAAAGCUUGCUUACGCUCUCGACUCACUGCGGCCUUUACCAACCGACGAGGUUAAUGUUCGGCACAGCGUCCGCCCCGGCGAUCUGGCAGCGUACGAUAGAAGAAAUUCUUCGCGACAUCGAUGGUCUCAAAAUUUUCUUAGAUGAUAUACGUAUUGCAAGUCGUACAAAAGAGGAGCACAUUGAAAAACUAGAUUUAGUCUUCAAACGAUUACAUAAUUACAAUAUUUAA